AUGACGUCCAUGUGGUCGUCUUUUACCUAUCUCUUGCUACCGCCUGCAGUGAUUCUGUUAUUCUUAAUGACGAUCCCCUUCCCGGGUCUCAUGUUGAAUCGUGGGGUCGUUAAAUUUGGCGAUUUUGUGUUCAAUAUCCGCAUUGGCACAUUGAGUAUCUUUUCUGUCAUUACCGCCGUUUCUUUUGUCGUGCUGGCGGCUCAGACGUACGACCUACAGAAACGGUACGCAAUGCACUCGGAUCCACACCUCGAAGCGCAUUACUCGGCUGAUUUACAGAAAAAAGCCUCGCGAUGGCGAUCGGAGAGAAAUUGGUGGAUCAGUGCGCUUACUUUUACCAUUUACUGGAUGUUACUUCGUUUCCACGCUAUGAAGAAGCAACUGAUCAAGGCCCAGCGUCAUGAGGAUUAG